GAGUUGGAUGAACAUUACAGUCGCGUUCUUGAAUACGCCGGGCAACUCAAGAAUCUCAACAUUCAAGAUAUUUGGGUUAUACAUUUCACAUGUGAAGAUGAUGCAGUUCAAAAUCCUCACUGGCAAUCCGACUAUCAGCUUAGGUUGCAAGGUCUGAAAGUCAUAAUGUUCUAUCACAACUUGAACUUCACAGAGGUUCGCGUGAGCACAAGAUGGCUAGACCAUUUAAAUGGUGUGCAAACCGUCAUUAACAAAAAG